AUGAUUGCUUGUGGGAGCUCUCAAAUGCCAGUGACAAAAAGGCACAAUCUCCCACUUCACAGCAAUGCACUCGACCCCUACGGGACAUGGCUGAAGAGUAGUCUGGGCCUUGUACAACAGGAAGGAAAUCAGUUAACUUGGACUUACAUUGCACCUCAGCUGGGCUACUGGGUUGCAGCUAUGUCCCCUACUAUCCCAGGUCCCGUUGUAACACACGACAUUUCCAGCUAUCACACAAUGUUUCUUUUGGCAAUUUUAGGAGGGAUGGCUCUCAUACUUCUAGUCUUGCUGUGUCUGCUUUUAUAUUAUUGCAGAAGAAAAUGUUUAAGACCACGUCAGCAUCAUAAGAAACUACAACUUUCGACAGCACUGGACACUUCUAAGAAGGAUCAAGCAACCUCAAUGUCCCAUAUAAAUUUAAUAUUUUCACGUCGUGAGUCAGAAUUUCCUGGCGGGCUGUCCAUUGCUAGCAAUGGACACACUGAAAACUCAGGUGCAAAGGAAUUAAUCAGUGCUGUCCACAUGGAGAUGGUAUCACCUAGUGGAGAAGCCGAUAUGCAUACACCUAUGCUCAAACACUCCUUCAGUACUUCCCAGGAGUUUAGCUCUCGAGAGGAACUACUCUCUGACAAGGAGAAAGACAAGAGCAGAAUUUCCUUGGAUGACCUGACUCCCAGCGGGUCUCUAAGAAAAGACUACCACAAAUCAGCAGAUACUUUUGCUUUAAAGACAAGAAAAUCUACAGAAACAGCUGAAGGCUAUGAGUCCCCUAUCAAAGAUGAGCAUAGGAGAAGUUACAAUGCUAUGCUAUCUCAGCCUUUAUUUGAAAAGCAAGAGAGAGAAAUUCAAGUAUCUAUGAACCAUAUUGCUACUGGAAGUAAAUACAAUAUUCAGGAACAAAUAUACCCCACACCUUCAGCCCCUGAAAAAGAGCUGCUGGACUGCAGACCUACUGAUUGUAUGAUGUCUCGUUCAGUUGAUCACCUUGAAAGACCUACAUCUUUCCCUCGACCAGGUCAGUUAAUCUGCUGCAAUUCUGUUGACCAAGUCAAUGACAGUGUUUACAGAAAAGUUUUGCCUGCAUUGGUUAUCCCAGGUCAUUACAUGAAAUUGCCAGGAGAACACCCUUUUGUUAGCCAGCCGCUGGUUGUCCCAGCUGACCAGCAGAUUGAUAUAGAAAGACUUCAGGCUGAGCUUCCUAACCCUCAUGCACGACUUUUUCCACACCCCCCACAGCAGCUGCAACCCCAACAGUUAGCAUCCCAAGCAAUAUCUCAGCAACAUUUGCAGGAUGCAGGUGCAGCUGAGUGGAGUCAACAGAAUGCUUCCAUGUCUGAAUCUAUUUCCAUUCCUGCCUCACUUAAUGAUGCAUCCCUGGCUCAAAUGAAUAGCGAAGUGCAGCUUCUUACAGAAAAGGCUUUGAUGGAAUUAGGCGGUGGAAAGCCAUUGCCUCAUCCUCGAGCAUGGUUUGUUUCCCUAGAUGGACGUUCAAAUGCUCACGUUAGACAUUCAUACAUCGAUCUCCAAAGAGCUGGUAGGAAUGGGAGUAAUGAUGCCAGUUUGGACUCUGGUGUUGACAUGAAUGAACCAAAAUCUGCCCGAAAGGGAAGAGGAGGAGAUCAUCUGUCUGCACCACAGAGUCACCCACCAGUUCAAGAGCACCAGCAGAGGGAGCAGAAGGUUUCAGAUAGCACAGCUUACACACAACUUGUGUACUUGGAUGAUAUGGACCAAAGUGGCAGUGAGUGUGGAACAGCAGUUUGUAGCCCUGAGGACAAUGCUAUACGAUGCCUACUAGAAGGCACUAGUAAGAGAAGUGGUGUGCAGCUGCCCAGCCUGCAGGAAGAAACAAGAACUGUGGAUACCAAACCAGAGCCAUUAACUAGUCCUGAACAUGGAACAUCAGUUCAAGGUGAUGAGGAGGAUGAGGAGGAUGAGGAAGAUGACCAAGGUGAAGAUAAGAAGAGUCCUUGGCAGAAACGAGAGGAAAGACCACUAAUGACUUUCAAUCUAAAGUGAGCUAUUGUGAAAAUCCACCAUUCAGUGGAGUAUAAAAUUGCCAAAUAUUCUUUCUGUGGAAGUGCUUGAUUUUUUUUCCUUUUAUUUUUUUUGUUGUGGAGAGAAAAGAGAAAAAUAAACUGUGGUGAGCAACAUUUGAAAGAACUUAAAUGCAUUACUGUGUAAAUGUUAGAAAAGAAUUAAAAUCAUUCCUCUGGUUUAACGGCUGCCUCCAGUGAGAUAGCUGAACAAAGAGUGUGAUUGUUAUUCCAUAUACUUGAUAUUGGUCAUCCAGGAUGUUGAAAAUACUGACAAAUUGUUUUGGUUGGUUUAUGACCUCAAUCUCCUUAUGAAUGGGAGCUGGUAAAGCUUUUGUUUUGUAGGCCAAUUUUAUGUUGAUAAUGCUACUGAAAGUAUCUUAAAAACAAGAGUUUGACACAUGGUGUCCAAAAUUGUGCAUUAUCUCAAUGAAAGGCUAUGCAUUGCUGCUUUUAGUAAUAUUUUGCUUAUACUAUGCUUAUCUUAAUUUUACAAGUUGGUUGUAAACAUUUUAUGUCCUUUAUUAUAAACUACUCAGCAAUUUAUUUUAAUGUAAAACUGCAGGAAACUUGAGUAGCAUCCCUUAGCAUUGAAGCCUUUUUAUGAAACCAAACUGAACUUUGUGUCGACGAAGAUUCCUCCAAUUCUGGUCCCAUUUACUCAAAGUGCCUUUUUUACAGUAACAAUGAACGGUCCCUUCUUUUGCUAACUCCUUUUAAUUGACCCCAUUUGGGAUUUUAUAUUCUGAACUUCUACCUUUUAUUUUAAGCUGCAUGCCAAGAGUCCCAUUUUGUGCUGAGCAUUUCUCACUUCAAUACAGUGUAUUCUGUAGCUAUCAUGUAUAUUGUGGAUUCUGUUUAGACAGGAUAGACUUAGAAGACAUUUUAAAGGGCCCAGAGUAGCCAAGAAGAUAGUUUCAUUGACUGUAUAUAUUGUUAGUUUCCUCUGGAAUCAUAUGAGCUAAUCAUGCUCAUAUAAAAUGGACUAUAGACCGAGCAAGUGGAUUGAAUG